AUGGUGUAAGUAAAAAUUUUGAAUAUGAUAGUGCACGCUUUUUCUUCGAAGCGUGCACGUCUGUACUUGUCUUGCCGUAACAAUUACUGUUUUAUUUAGCUACCGUCCUCACGGAAUUGUUGGUGUCGGUGCUUGUUGUACCGUUGGAUCCAGCGGCUCCAAAUUCACAGAGGUUUUCCCAGGCCUCACUCGCUUCUGUGCUACUCUUGAUCUGCAUUUCAAGUUCCCUAUACGAGCCUACUCAGCUGAAGCUUUGGGCUUCAUUCCCUGCUCUUUUGAAUACAUUGUUCAGAACCUAUCAAAACCGGACGGUGGAAAUGCCUUGUUUUUGGUUGUUGGCGGAGCUCAAGAGGCGUUGGAAUGCCAUGAAAAUGUGUUUCGAUUAUGCCUGAAAACCCGAAAAGGGUUUUGUCGAGCUGCUUUGAUUUCUGGAGCUCAAUUAGUGCCGGUUUUUGCGUUUGGAGAGAAUAAAACGUUCAAGACAGCGCAUAAUCCGGUUGGAUCCAACUUGAGAAGUUUCCAGGAAUUCACAAAGAAUAUUAUUGGGUUCAGUCCUAUGGUAUUUUAUGGAACCAGCGGAAUCCCUGGCAUUCCCGGACCUUUUCCAUUAAGACAACGGUUAGAUGUUGUUUGUAAGUAUAUUUUAUACAGUUUUGUCAACACUGACAAUUAUUAAGUUAUCACAAGACAACCCUAAAACGCAUCUUAUACAUCGCGUCUGAAUUUUCAGUUGGAGCCCCAAUUCCCGUUGAAAAGACCGAAAAUCCUUCUAAAGAACAAAUCAACGUUCUCCAUCAACUUUACAUGGACCAGCUGGUCGAACUCUUCGAAAAAAAUAAAACUUUAUAUGGCGUGUCCAAAGAUUCAAAAAUUGAACUUUUUUAG